AUGCACCGCACCAGGUGCUUCCUCCGCCCAGCGCUGCGUCGGCUCCUCGACGCCCGGCGGCGUCGCAUCCACAGCGGGCAGACCGUGGAGGAGGCGGUGCAAGAAACGCGCGAGCGUCUGAGCCGCGUGUCGGGCGCGUUGGCGUCCUCCGCCCACGAAUCGGCUCGAACCGACGCCAAAGCGCUGGCGGCCAACGCUCUGCUGCCUCCGUUGGCGUCCAGCAGCGACGUUUUCUUCCACGGGGAGCGGGAGUUGACGGAGCACGAGGCGGCGCGACUGAGUGCUGGCUUAGAGCGGCGUGCGAGGGGCGAACCACUGGCCUAUGUGCUCGGUAGGAAGGAGUUUUGGUCUCUGGAGUUCACGGUGACCAAGGACACGCUCAUCCCACGCAGUGACAGUGAAGUGCUAAUUGAAACCUUAACGGAGCAAUUCGAGCCCCAGACGCCGUUGCGGAUCCUCGAUAUCGGGACAGGCUCUGGGUGUCUGCUACUAUCAGCGUUGUCCGAGUUCCCUGCUGCUACUGGUGUGGGCAUUGACGUUUCUCCCGGCGCUCUUGCUGUCGCCAAACAAAACGCUCGCUCUAACGGUCUGGAUGGGCGGGCGGAGUUCGUGCUUCGAGACUUGCAGACGCUGCCUGGACUACGUGAGGACGCUCAAGAGGACAAACUGCUCUACCAACAAUUUGACGUGAUACUGUGCAAUCCGCCGUACAUUCCUAGCCGGGAACUCCCCCUUGUCGGAGCUGACGUGCUUGAGUACGAGCCCCAUCUCGCGUUGUUUUCGGACGGCGGGCCUGCAGCUGAAGACACCGGAGAAGACCCUGACGGGCUGCGCAUGUACCGCUUUCUGCACCAGAGCAUUGCCAAGCUCUUCAAAGGUGACAACGGGCUGGCACCGGAAACAAAUUCAGCACCAAACAACAAGAGAGAACAGACGCAUGAUAAUGCGAGAAGUUGCUUGCUGUUGGAAAUUGGUUCGGAGGAGCAGGCGCGAGCAGUUCAACAAUUGUUUUCGGAUUCGGCACUGGAAGAAGGACAACUGAACAGGGCUGACUGUGGAUCGCGGCUGCAGUUCGAGCGCUUCUUGUUCGACGCAAGUGGGAAAUACCGAGGUCUGCUAUUUCUUUCUUGA